AUGCUGCGCUCAUCGUUAGGAGCAGGCAAAUGCCGGGUGCCUGUCGCCCGGCAGCCGCUUUGUGGACGAUUGCUCCGAACUACCAACAUUCUCGCUCCCUGGAAUCAGUGUCGAAGAGCUGCGUCGACCCUCACUAGCUUGGACAACUUCCCAAACAUUGGAGAAAAAUUGCAUGGGUUUACGGUGCAGGAGAAGAAACACAUCCCGGAAUUACACCUCACCGCGGUACGAUUAAAGCACGACAAGACCGAUGCGGACUACCUUCACGUAGCGAGGGAAGACAAGAAUAAUGUGUUUGGUAUCGGCUUCAAGACGAAUCCUCCCGAUGCUACUGGUGUGCCUCAUAUCCUAGAGCACACAACGUUAUGCGGAAGCGAAAAGUAUCCAAUUCGUGACCCUUUCUUCAAGAUGCUCCCCAGAUCGUUAUCGAACUUCAUGAAUGCCUUUACCUCCUCCGAUCACACCACUUAUCCCUUCGCGACGACAAAUCAGCAGGACUUCCAAAACUUGCUCUCAGUCUAUCUGGAUGCCACCCUCCAUCCGCUUCUCAAGGAAGAAGAUUUUAGACAGGAAGGCUGGCGAUUGGGUCCGGAGGAUACCCGUGCUAUCCUCGCUCAAGGGGAGCAGACUGAAGGAAGUCUACGACCCGAAGAUGUUGUUUUCAAAGGUGUUGUGUACAACGAAAUGAAGGGACAAAUAUCGGACGCCAAUUAUCUGUACUACAUUAAGUACCGGGAAAGCAUUCUCCCCGCACUGAAUAACUCGGGUGGAGAUCCCCAGUACAUCACCGAUCUGACUCACCAACAGUUGGUGGACUUUUCCCGGCGGAACUACCAUCCCAGUAAUGCCAAAAUCCUUACAUAUGGAGAUAUGCCACUGGGCGGGCACCUCAAGCAGAUUGGAGAGGUAUUAGAUGGGUUUGAAAGGGGCCAAACUGACAGAGACGUCAAACUGCCCCUGGACCUUAGUCGUGGGCCGGUGAAUGUGACAGUUCCUGGACCCAUUGACACCUUCGCUAGCGAGGACAAGCAGGUGAAGACUUCGACCUCCUGGUAUAUGGGCGAUUCGACCGACGUUGUCGAGACGUUCUCAGUUGGAAUACUGUCAUCAUUGCUCUUGGAUGGCUACGGUUCGCCUAUGUACCGUGCGUUGAUUGAAAGUGGAUUAGGCUCUUCGUUCACUCCUAACACCGGCCUUGACUCCUCCGGAAAGGUGCCAAUCUUUUCGAUUGGCCUCACCGGUGUGAGUGAACAGGAUGCACCUACUGUCAAGACGACAGUGCAGAAGGUUUUCCAGGAGUCCCUGGCUGCCGGAUUCAGUGACGAGAAGGUUCAAGGCUUUCUUCACCAACUGGAACUUGCGUUGAGACACAAGACAGCCAAUUUCGGGAUUGGUGUCAUGGAAAAGACCCUCUCCUCGUGGUUCAAUGGUUCAAACCCCAUGAAGGAGCUCUCAUGGAACGAGGUCAUCGACGAGUUCAAACAACGAUAUGAGCAAGGGAACUACCUUGAAUCGUUAAUGCAAAAGUAUCUCCUGAACGAUAACUACAUGACUUUCACCAUGGUGGGUACACCCACAUACAACAAGGAUCUUGAUCAGCAGGAAGCCGUCCGCAAGGAAGAGAAGCUCAGCCAACUCGUUGAACAUCAUGGCUCCGUUGACAAGGCCAUUUCCACACUCCUCGAAGAAGAGCUCCAGCUACUCAAAAUCCAGGAAGAAGCGCAGCAUGCUGAUCUGAGCUGCUUACCCACGCUUCGUGUUGAGGAUAUUUCCAGGGAAAAGGAACGCAAACCUGUGCGCGAAUCCAAGGUUGAUGAAACAGAUGUGGUUUGGCGUGAAGCUCCCACGAAUGGUCUUACCUAUUUCCAAGCAUUGAACGCCUUCGAAGACUUGCCAGAUGACCUCCGGCUGCUGAUGCCGCUGUUCAAUGACUGCAUUAUGCGGCUAGGAACUGCAAACAAGUCUAUGGAGCAAUGGGAAGAUCUGAUCAAGUUGAAGACCGGCGGCAUUACAACAUCCACCCUUCACACGUCCUCUCCGACUCAGUUGGGUAAAUUCAGAGAGGGUCUACAAUUUUCCGGUUAUGCUUUGGAUAAAAACAUUCCGGACAUGCUGCAGAUUCUCACGACUCUUGUCACAGAGACUGAUUUCAGUAGCCCUCAUGCUCCUGGUAUGAUCCAGGAACUGCUGCGCCUGACAACAAAUGGAGCAUUGGAUGCUGUUGCUGGAUCAGGCCACCGCUACGCUCUCAAUGCGGCCGCCGCUGGUCUCGCUCGAAGCUUCUGGGUGCAGGAGCAGCAGUCUGGCCUGGCGCAACUGCAAGCUACGGCUAAUCUUCUCCGCGAUGCUGAGAGUUCACCCGAGCGUCUUGCUGAACUGAUUGAAAAGCUUCGCUUGAUCCAGUCCUUCGCUAUCUCGAGGGGCUCUGGAUUCCGCGUUCGCGUGGUUUGUGAAGCCAGCAGCGCAUCCCAGAACGAGUCCGUGCUGCAAAGAUGGCUUGCAGGACUACCUCGAACAAGGUCACCUACUUCCCCGCUCGACUCUUCUGCCAUGAACUCGGUGGCUAGCCGGGUAUUCUAUGAUCUGCCCUACAAGGUCUACUAUUCUGGACUUGCUAUGCAGACAGUUCCAUUCAUCAGCCCAUCCAGUGCGCCUCUAAGUGUCCUCUCCCAGCUCUUAACUCACAAAUAUCUGCAUCCUGAGAUCCGAGAGAAAGGCGGUGCUUAUGGCGCCGGGGCCAGCAACGGACCUGUCAAGGGAUUCUUUGCGUUCACCAGCUACCGGGAUCCGAAUCCCAUGAACACCCUCAAGGUCUUUCAGAAUAGCGGUAUUUUCGCCCGUGACCGUGCGUGGUCAGACAGAGAACUCGCCGAGGCCAAAUUAGGCAUCUUCCAGGGACUGGAUGCUCCCAUGAGCGUUGACGAAGAAGGUGCCAGAUAUUUCAUUAGUGGUGUCACACACGAAAUGGACCAACGGUGGCGAGAGCAAGUGCUUGAUGUCACAGCCAAGGAUGUGAACGAGGUUGCUCAGAAGUUUUUGGUUGAAGGCUCUCGCCAAUCCAUCUGUCUUCUUGGUGAGAAGAAAGACUGGGCAGUCACGGAUGGCUGGGACGUUAAGAAACUCUCCAUGAAUGCCGUGGACGGGGCAGCGGUGGACCCCAUGAGUCAAGAUGGUGCUGCUGCCUCCGCUUAG